GGAGCCGACGGGCCCGCGGCCGCACAGGUGUCCGGGCGGUGGCGCCCCGGCCCCCACCCGCGGGGCGGGAGACAGGGAUGGGCGCCGCCCGAGCGCGGGGGCCGGGGCCCGAGGGGGAGGUUCCCGCGAGGUGGUUCUCGGGCUCCUCCUCGGCGCUCAGGUUUCCUCUCCCGCCCGCCGGCUGCUGGCUGCUGCGCCGCCUCCCUGCCCCCUACGGCCGGGCCCACUCUGCGGCCUCUGCGCGCCUCGCCCCCGCCCGGGCCUCCUCCCGCUUUCUCUCUCCGCUUCCCCUCGAGCCUCCGGAGGAGCCCGCAGCCGCGGGGCGCCGGGGAAGAUGGCGGCGGUGGCGGGAGGCGGCAGCGGCGAGGGGGGCGCAGGCCUGGGCGGCGCGGCGGGGUCGGGGUCGGCGCUGCGCGGGCCGGGCCCCUCCGGCGGCGCGAGCGAGGACGCCCGGGGCCCCGCGCCCAGCGCGCUGCACCCCGAAGAGGUCGCCGCGCGGCUGCAGCGGAUGCACCGGGAGCUGAGCAACCGCAGGAAAAUCCUGGUGAAAAACCUGCCCCAGGACAGCAACUGCCAGGACGUUCAUGAUUUAUUACAAGACUAUGAGUUAAAGUAUUGUUAUGUGGACAGAAAUAAGCGAACAGCUUUUGUUACCUUACUGAAUGGGGAGCAAGCCCAGAAUGCAAUUCAGAUGUUUCAUCAGUAUUCUUUUCGAGGAAAGGACUUAAUUGUUCAGCUCCAGCCAACAGAUGCUUUGCUGUGUAUUACCAACUUGCCCACUUCUUUUACAUUAGAAGAGUUUGAAGAACUUGUUCGUGCUUAUGGAAAUAUCGAGAGAUGUUUUCUAGUCUACAGUGAAGUUACUGGCCAUUCCAAAGGCUAUGGAUUUGUGGAAUACAUGAAAAAGGACUUUGCUGCAAAGGCUAGAUUGGAAUUAUUGGGUAAACAAUUGGGAGCAUCAGCUCUGUUUGCACAAUGGAUGGAUGUUAAUCUAUUGGCCGCAGAGCUCAUUCAUUCUAAGUGCCUUUGUAUAAAUAAACUCCCUAGUGACUACAGGGAUUCAGAGGAGCUGUUGCAAUUUUUUUCCAAUAUACAUAAACCUGUGUUUUGCCAGCUUGCACAGGAUGAAGGUAGUUAUGUUGGUGGCUUUGCAGUGGUUGAAUAUAACACUGCGGAGCAUGCUGAAGAGGUUCAGCAAGCAGCUGAUGGUAUGACCAUCAAGGGAAGCAAAGUCCAAGUUUCCUUCUGUGCCCCCGGAGCGCCAGGGCGAAGUACGUUAGCAGCAUUGAUAGCAGCUCAACGUGUGAUGCACAGUAAUCAAAAAGGCUUACUUCCAGAGCCAAAUCCUGUACAAAUUAUGAAAAGUUUAAACAAUCCUGCCAUGUUACAAGUUCUUCUACAACCCCAGCUCUGUGGGCGAGCUGUUAAACCAGCAGUUCUCGGAACACCUCACAGCUUGCCCCAUCUGAUGAACCCAUCCAUCUCCCCUGCGUUUUUGCAUUUGAAUAAAGCCCAUCAGAGCACAGUUACGGGUAAUACUUCCAAUUUAUUCCUUCAGAAUCUUUCUCACGUACCACCAGUACAACAACAGUUACUGAAGUUUGAGAAUAUUCAUACUAAUAAUAAACCAGGCUUACUUGGCGAUCCCCCAGCCCUGGUACUUCAAACCACAGUAGGGAUAGGGUCAGCACUUCCUUUGAAAACAGAGUUGGGUCAUCCUGGAGAAGCACACAAAACAUCUAAUCUGAUUCCAACUCAAACAACUCUAACAGCUGGAAUGGGCAUAUUACCAUUCUUUCCAAAUCAGCACAUUGCUGGACAAGCUGGGCCAGGGCAUGGGAAUGCUCAAGAGAAACAACCAGCCUUGGUGGGGAAGGCAGAAGGAAAUUUCUCAGGGUCACAGGCUUAUCUUCAGAGCUUUCCAAACCUUACUGCUGGAGGCUUGCUGACGGGACACCAUAAGCAACAGCAAAGUCAGCCAAGAGGCACGGAGAUAAGUUCAGGGGCUGCCUCUAAGAAUCAGACUUCACUGUUGGGAGAACCACCAAAAGAAAUACGGCUCAGUAAAAAUCCAUACUUGAAUUUGGCAAGUGUGUUGCCCAGUGUGUGCUUAUCAUCCCCUGCAAAUAAAACCACUCUACAGAAGACUGGAAUUGCAAGCAAUAUUCUGGAUGCAGUCUUUCAGGGAAAUGAAUCACAACACACAUUGGAAAAGUGCAUUUCUUAUUCUCAACCUUUUGGUGAUUAUGCACAGGUAUCCUCUUUAAGAAAUGAAAAGCGAGGCUCAUCAUAUCUCAUCUCUGCCCCAGAAGGUGGUUCUGUGGAAUUUGUUGACCAGCAUUCUCAGGGCACAGGAGCUUAUUACAUGGAAACCUACUUUAAAAAGAAGCGCGUAUAUUGAGUUAAGUUCUCUCCUUAUAACCUCAUAAGGUUUUUUGCAGUAUCUCUGCUGUUCAUUGCUGCCUUAACUACAUUCAGACUAGCCAUAUCCUUUAAAUACGGGUUUCUAAUUUCCCAGAAGGAACUGUAUUGUGCAGCAAGCAGAAUUGCCAAAUAAAAAAUAAGUAGCAAUAAAAUAAUACAGGACAUUUUCCAUUACAAGUAGAUGCAUCUUAAUUGGUAUUAACUUAUAGUCCAUUGGAGAAAUUAACAAUGUUCCAAUAUUCCUUGUUUAGGACUGGGAAUAAUUUUGACACCAUAUAUAAAAGUAUGAAGCAAUAAAUGGGAAACGGUCUUGUUUCCUGAGCCUUAGAAGAAUGAGUUUCUUAUAUGCCACUGUGCAUUUCAAUCUACUUUCCCUAGAAGUAAUCUCAUUUAUAGAUUUUUAAAACUUUUCCUAGAACUACAAGAGUGCAACUACAAAAUGCAGUGGUGGUAAUGUUAUAAAGAUGCUCUACAUGCAAACUAAAUAAUUACCCCCACAUCAGCCCCACAACAUAAAUCCGAGAGUGAUAGUAAGGUCCAAGUUCUACACAACUAUAGAUGCUUAACUUUUAAUGUUAUUUACCAUUUAUACCUUUUGUGAAAAACAAGCUAUUUUUGAAAAAAAAAAAAAAAAAGUAGCUUUGGUGAAAUAAUUUCAGGGGUUGGCAGCCUAUACCCUGGGGUCAAGUUUAGUCCUCCACUUGUUUUUACACUGUCUGCAAGCUAAGAAUGAGGUUUACAUUUUUAAAUGAAGUAGAAGAGAUUUAAUAUUGGAACACAAACACGCUCAUUCAUUUACAUACUGUCUAGGGCUACUUGUGUGUUCUAGUGGCUGUGACAGAGACCCAUAGGGUCUGCAAAGCCUGAAAUACUUAGUCGGGGCCUUUAUGGGGGAAAGUGUGCUGACUCCUGGCCUAAUGGCACUAAUUCCCUAAUCUAAGUGGCAAGCGAUGUAGGUUUCUGUGUCUGAUUUCAUGGCAUAAACAAUUGCUAGAACAAGGCCUGUUUGGAUCCUCAAAUGCCCUAUUUCCACAGUAUAGUUCAACCGUCAAUACUGAAGGAGCACUGUGGAGUAACAGUGUAACAAUUUUGAGCUAGUAAGUUAUACCUCACUUUCUGCUUUGUCUCUUAUUCUUUUGUAGUGUUAGGCUGAAAAAUUAUCAGCUAUUUAACUCAAUUUACUUCAGCAAGAAUUGUGAUUAUUGCAUAUAACUUUUGACAUCAUUUCCUGAAGACCUUUGCCAUCUAGAAAUUUCCAAGUUUGUUCCUUGUUAUGAGUCUCAAUGAGCCUAGUCUUUUUGAAAUCAGAUCAUUAAAUGUCUUGUAAUAAGGUACCCUAUUCUAAUCAUCAAGUUUAAAAGUGGUACAUACGAUUUGUAAAGAAAUUGGUCUUAUUUCCUAUUAACUUCUAUUAGAAAAUGACAGCUAGAAAGUUAAGGACUGGCAUCAGUUAUGACUCAGCAGAUGAAUAAUGGUUUCUCCAUGUUCUGCGCUUCUCCUUCCCAUUUCCUAUUGCAUUAAGCAUCUUCAAUGCUUAGUCACACCUCUCUGAUAAUAUAAACAGAAGAUGGUGAAUUUUAAGUCAGAGCUGCAAAAUGAAAGCAGGGAGAGGUUGUAUGGAUCUGCCCUCUGUGUAUCAUUGGAUAGAACAGAUAAGUACCAAUCAAGUGGUGUUUGUAAUAAGGACCAUUACCAAACUCCGCCCCCCCACACAAAGUCUAUACUGUUAUUAUACUGUUAUUUUUCUAUGUAAACAAAUUGUUUGAAUGCUUUGAAAUCUUAAUAUUAAAAGGCAUUUGCAUGUGAAGUCUCUAGUAUAUUUAUUUGUAUAAAGAGUAAACAAAGUGCAUAUAGAGUGGCCACAGGUUUGACACAGACAGAGACCUUGGUGAUGUAGGGUUAUUGAAUAAAUUUAAAUGGCAAGUUUAUUGUUGCCAUUGAAUCAAUCCAGAACUCUUUAGGCUCAAAAGGUGAAAAGUAAGGAUAUCAAACAAAUGCUAGACAGCAUUAACAAAAAGUUUUUCAGACUCUUGGUCAUCAAGUUCUUACGGUUCACAUUGAAUCAGAGAUUAGACAUUUUUGAUUACCCAGCUACCUCCAAGCAAACUGUCUAGUAGCUCCUGAACUCUUGUAAUAUGGAUGGUUAAGUACAAAAACACUGAUUGGUUGCACACAGCAUCCAAAACCAAUGCUGCAACAGCUUGCCCCAAAGUGGUAGAGUUAGUUAGAAAAGGAUAAACAUUAACAUUUCUGAAAAGCAGGUAUGAUAGUACCCAGGGUCUUGGAGUCCGUUCUGAUUAAAGGUAUACUUUUCAGGAAAGCACAGGCUUGGUUCUCAAGAAUUAACAGGCAACAGAGUAUCUAUUCCACAGCUGUCCCCCUGGCUCUGACCAGAUUGCUGGUCACCCACGGGGACAGGAGCAAAGCCACUGAAGAGACAACUCAAAGUUUAAGUCCUACUGGUGACAGGAAUACACUCAUCUUGGUAUAGAAACAAUAGUCUACUAAUGGGUAUCUAAUAUUUCAAGAAUGCUUGGUCUAUCACUGUAGAGAUACUGAAAUCUGAGGGCAUGUUAGAGUAGUGCCUAAGUCCAUCAAUCUCUAUCUGCCGGGAAAGCAUUUCAGAUCAACGGGCGGCUGGGAACAAGGGCUUCUGUCGGCUCCUCUCCCUUUCUGGUAUGCAACUGGGACAGUACGCUAGCCAAACAGAACGGUGCUUUCCAUUCUUUUCAAAAGGAGGAGUGCUUAAGUGCUUUCUAUUGUUUCGGUGGUCGUUAUCUGUUACAGGUGCCAAAUUUCAAGAGGGCAGUACGUACACAUAACAAGCACCACAG